UGAUUCAGAGGGUUAACGUUUUGUUUCUCUCUCUUCAGAUUGGCCGUUAUAAGGCAUCGUUCCAUCAGCUCAGGAUCUCAUACGGCACCAACAAAGGCAAGAACUACACCGAGGAGGAGGAUCGAUUUCUUAUCUGCAUGCUGCAUAAACUGGGCUUUGACAAGGAGAGCGUUUAUGAUGAGCUGCGCCAGUGCAUACGCAACUCGCCCCAGUUCCGCUUUGACUGGUUCCUCAAAUCCCGCACGGCCAUGGAGCUUCAGAGGAGAUGUAACACACUGAUCACGCUCAUCGAACGUGAGAACAUGGAGCUGGAAGAGCGAGCGAAAGCGGAGAAGAAGAAGAGGGGCCCUCGCACAUCUUCGGCCCAGAAACGCAAGCAGGACGGGAACCCAGAUGGACGCAGCCGCAAGAAGCAGCUCAAAUUGUGAUCGGCGACACACUUUACUUGGCGAGGACCUUCAGUACAGCGAUUCUUGCGUUUGUUGUUACGGGUCCCACUCAUG